GUCAAUUGCACAUUUUCACUGUCACAAGCUCGUCCAUCAGAGGCCCAUCUGCAGCCUCGGUGUCGGAGAUUUGGUGGUGGGCGUCUAAUAAUAUGCUGAUCCGCCAGCCAAUUUUGACUCCGCACUCGUGCGCCAUUCGGCGGCGUCUACCGCAACGUUUACCGCGACGUUUGCAGGACCCCUCUUCACGUUCGUUGCAGCUGUCAACAGCCCACCACGCUGGAAAUUCCUCUUCUGGGCCACACUCCCUUUAUCACACGAGCUCACAUUCACUGGUUUCUUCUCCAAGGCCAGUGCGAACUGCUCGGAACGUCAUUCGCUCUUCGUCCAGCCGACUGUUCAGUUCGGAGAGGCCCAAAAUGACCGCUACAAAGAUUGACGGCACGGCUAUUGCUAAGAACAUUCGGGAGAGACUCCAUGCCGAGAUCCAAAAGGUCCAGGAGACGAACCCGAGGUUCAAGCCUUCGUUGACCAUUAUUCAAGUUGGCGACAGAUCUGACUCGAGCACCUAUGUUCGCAUGAAGCUGAAGGCUGCCGAGCAGGCCAACAUUAUUUGCAACCUCGCUCACUACCCGGAGUCAAUCACCGAACUUGAGCUUCUGGAGCACAUUGCGGAGCUGAACAGCGAUCCUUCGGUGCAUGGAAUCCUUGUCCAGCUUCCACUCCCUAAAAACAUCUCAGAGCAUGCCGUAACCUCCGCUGUUGCCGAUGAAAAAGACGUCGACGGCUUUGGAGUUACCAACAUUGGUGAGCUUGCUAAGCGUGGCGGCCACCCUCUAUUUACUCCCUGCACGCCCAAGGGGGUUAUGGUACUCCUUGAGGAAAGCGGCGUUGAAGUUAAGGGCAAGAAUGCUGUUGUUCUCGGCCGAAGCGACAUUGUCGGUAGCCCUGUGAGCUAUUUGCUGAAAAACGCUGAUGCCACUGUUACCGUCUGCCACUCACGCACCAAAGACGUCGAAGACUUCAUCAAAAAGGCUGAUAUCGUAGUGGCUGCCAUCGGCCAACCAGGGUUUGUUAAGGGCGAAUGGCUGAAGCCUGGGGCUGUUGUCAUCGAUGUUGGAACCAAUUACAUUCCCGAUGAAACCAAGAAGUCGGGCCAAAGACUCGUCGGUGAUGUUGACUUUGAGUCUGCCGCGCAGGUGGCCUCUCAGAUCACGCCCGUUCCCGGUGGCGUGGGGCCAAUGACGGUAGCUAUGCUUCUCCAGAACGUUGUCGACUCUGCCAAACGCUACUUCGAGGUCCUGAAGCAGAGACAUGUCACUCCUCUGCCAUUGAAGCUCCAAUCUCCCGUUCCCUCCGACAUUGCAAUCUCGAGAGCCCAACACCCUAAGACAGUUACCCGACUUGCAGACGAGCUCGGUAUUGCGGCCCAGGAAUUCGAGCCUUACGGAGCGUAUAAAGCUAAGGUGGAUCUCAAGGCGCUGUCGCGACUCUCUCAUCGCCGCAAUGGUCGCUAUAUCCUUGUCACCGGUAUCACUCCUACUCCUCUUGGUGAGGGCAAGUCUACGACUACGAUGGGCUUGACUCAGGCCCUCGGCGCUCACCUCGGCAAGAUUGCCUUUGCCAACGUUAGGCAGCCUAGCCAAGGUCCUACUUUUGGUAUCAAGGGUGGAGCGGCUGGUGGAGGCUACAGCCAGGUUAUCCCCAUGGACGAGUUCAACAUGCACCUUACAGGCGAUAUUCAUGCGAUUGCGGCGGCUACUAAUCUCCUCGCCGCGGCCAUCGAGACCAGAAUGUUCCAUGAAUCUACCCAAAAAGACGGACCUCUCUACAGACGUCUUGUACCUGCUAAGAAGGGCAAGCGGGAGUUUGCACCGAUCAUGUUCCGUCGUUUGAAUAAAUUGGGUAUCAACAAAACCAACCCUGAUGAUCUCACGGAGGAUGAAAUCCGUCGCUUCGCCAGAUUGGAUAUUGACCCCGAUACCAUUACCUGGCGACGCGUCCUCGAUGUGAACGACCGUCAUCUCCGGCAGAUCACUGUCGGACAAGCUUCCACUGAAAAAGGAACGACUCGUCAAACCGGUUUUGAUAUCACUGUUGCCAGCGAAUGUAUGGCAAUUCUGGCUCUCAGCAAUGAUCUUAAGGACAUGAGAGAGAGACUGGGACGGAUGGUGGUUGCGACCUCCCGCAGCGGUGACCCUGUCACUUGCGACGACAUUGGCGCGGGUGGCGCUUUGACUGCUCUGAUGAAGGAUGCUCUCAAACCCAAUCUGAUGCAGACUCUUGAGGGCACCCCUGUCUUUGUCCACGCUGGGCCUUUUGCCAACAUUAGUAUCGGAGCUAGCUCAGUCUUGGCCGAUAAACUUGCAUUGAAGCUUGCUGGUACUGAGCCCGACGAGGAUUACAACGACAGAGCCGGAUACGUCGUGACCGAGGCUGGUUUCGACUUCACCAUGGGUGGUGAGCGCUUCUUUAACAUCAAGGCUCGCUCCUCUGGCAUCUCUCCAGACGUUGUGGUCAUUGUCGCAACGGUCCGUGCUCUGAAGGUCCACGGUGGUGGCCCCGAUAUCAGCCCUGGCGCUCCUCUCGACGAAGUCUACACCAAGGAGAAUGUCGACAUUCUCCGAAAGGGCUGUGUCAACCUCAAGAAGCACAUCUCCAACGCAAGACAGUAUGGUGUUCCCGUCGUCGUUGCUAUCAAUAAAUUUUCAACGGAUACCGAUGCCGAGAUCGCCGUGAUCCGUGAGGAGGCAGUCGCUGCUGGCGCUGAUGACGCCAUUCCCGCCAACCACUGGGCCGACGGUGGCUUGGGUGCUGUUGACCUUGCCAAGGGUGUCAUUUCAGCCAGCUCCAAGGGCAAGGACUUCAAGCUCCUCUAUGACCUUGACGGGACUGUGCAGGAGCGCAUCGAGAAGAUUGGAAAGGUUAUGUACGGUGCGGAGAAGGUCGAGUUCAGCGAGCUCGCUCAGAAGAAGGUCGACACCUAUGUGAAGCAAGGCUUCGGAAACCUGCCGAUCUGCAUUGCUAAGACACAGUACUCUCUCAGCCACGAUGCCGCUCUCAAGGGAGCGCCAUCAGGCUUCACGAUACCCAUUCGAGACGUCCGGUUGGCUGUUGGUGCCGGAUAUCUGUACGCCCUUGCUGCUGAUAUCCAGACCAUUCCUGGUCUGCCGACCGCUCCCGGAUACCUCAACGUUGACGUUGACCCGGAGACUGGCGAGAUUGAUGGUCUCUUCUAAACUACUCUUUGCAUUAGACACCGCCCUCUCGAAGCAAAUCCUUUUCUUCAAAAGAAAACAAUUUGCAUGAUUUUUGAUGAUCAAUAUUAAUUAUUUUUCUUCUGUUCAUAUAACGAUACAUUUUGAGGGGAUACGCGUGGGAAAAGAAAAUAUUUCUUCUCUGCGUGGACCUUGGUAUAAAUAACUAUUAGAUGGGAUCCUAGUGAUAGACACUCAAUUUAUCAUAGAUGAAGUUUCCAUUGUAAUACAGAAUUUCGGAAUAGGGAUGGGCC